GCGAAGUGUCUGGGGGAGGACUCGCCACAAACAGAUAGAAGCGGGGAAUGCGGCAGGUCUGAGUUCUACACCAAUUUAAAACGAACACACACAGAAUUCUAACUCCUGCUGGAGAGCUGAAGCAUUGGAGUCAUGGUGAAGAAUGUUUCGGAAAGGCAAAAAGCGACACAGCAGCAGCAGCUCCCAAAGCAGUGAAGUCAGUACAAAGAGCAAGUCUGUAGAUUCCAGCCUGGGCGGUCUCUCCAGAUCCAGUACAGUAGCCAGCCUUGACACCGACUCUACCAAGAGCUCAGGUACUGACGACAGCCCCUUUAUUCAUACGUUUCGUGUAAAGUAUGUUGGGUCGAUAGAGAAACUGCACUUUGAAAUGUGCAGGACUCUACAGGAGCCUCUGGACUUGGUCAACUAUAUUGAUGUGGCCCAGCAAGAUGGAAAGCUACCCUUUGUGCCAAUGGAGGAGGAGAUGAUCCUGGGAGUCUCGAAAUAUGGGGUCAAAGUCGCCCCAGUGGAUCAGUGCGGUGCACUGCACCGGCACCCAUUGUAUCUGAUAGUCCACAUGCUGUGUUACGAUGACGGCUUGGGAGCUGGUAAGAACAUCCUGGCUCUGAAAACAACAGAUUCCAACCAGGAAGAAUGCAACAUCUGGGUGUACCAGUGUAACGGCUCGGAACAAGCACAGGCCAUUUGCAAGGUGCUGUCAACAGCCUUUGACUCCGUUUUAACAUCUGAGAAAUCUUGACACACACCCCCCCCCCCCCCCCCCCCGAUACUAUGUGGAUUAAUAAGCAUCAUUAGGAACAGUGGAAUAACGGGAGAUGCUGCCAACAGCUGCGAGUUGGAAAUUUCCAACAAUCCCUUGGUAGCACUGUGAUUGUGAAACUACAGAUAGAUACCACUGUAGAAUUGUGUAACUAAUCUUAACUUAUUAAUGUGAAAUCCAGAACCUCAAGCCAUGUUUACAAUGAAGAAACAUUGUCUUGCGUUUCGUUUCAUGAAGGGAUGACUCGAUGUUCAAUAGUAUUAACUCUAGCCUUACAGGAGGCUUCUGUCAUUCUUAUUAAUAAUAAUAAUAAUAAUAAUAAUAAUCAUCUUUAUUUUUAUAUGGCGCUUUUCAUAGUGGACCGCCAU